AAUGUGGAAGGGAGACAGCCUAGGGGGGAUUCAAGGAGCGGCCAUGGAGGGGACAGAUGGAGAGUUGGGAGGACAGGGGAACCUGGGUCUGGGGGAUGCCCCAGGCCUCUUGACCAGGGCUUCCUUGCCCAUCAUGCCUCCAUGGCCCCUGCCCCUGGCCUCCUCAGCCCUUACUCUGUUCCUUGGAGCCCUCACUUCUCUUUUCCUCUGGUACUGCUACCGCCUGGGUUCCCAAGAGUUGCAGACACUGGGAGCUAGGAGCCGGACUGGGGCUGUCAGUGGUGGUCCUGGGGGGUGCUCUGAGGCUAGCAGGCCAUGCCCAGGGAGCACUAGAGACCCUGGGGAAGGACCCAGGACAGAAGGCCUAGUGAGUCGUCGGCUUCGAGCCUAUGCCAGGCGCUACUCCUGGGCUGGGAUGGGCAGGGUGAGGCGGGCAGCUCAGGGUGGACUAAGUCCUGGGGAAGAACCAGGGGUCCUGGGCAUUCAGCGUCCAGGCCUUUUUUUCUUGCCAGACCUGCCCUCAGUCCCCUUUGUGCCACGUGAUGCCCAGCGGCAUGAUGUGGAACUCCUGGAGAGCAGCUUCCCUGCCAUUUUGCGGGACUUUGGGGCUAUAAGUUGGGACUUUUCAGGGACUACCCCUCUGCCUCGAGGCUGGUCCCCACCCCUGGCCCCUGGGUGCUACCAGCUCUUGCUGUACCAAGCAGGGAGGUGCCAACCCAGCAACUGCCGCCGCUGCCCAGGAGCCUAUAGGGCACUGAGGGGGCUACGGAGCUUUAUGAGUGCUAACACCUUCGGCAAUGCUGGCUUUUCUGUACUGCUGCCUGGGGCCCAACUUGAGGGUCGCUGUGGGCCCACCAAUGCCAGGGUCAGAUGCCAUCUGGGCCUGAAGAUACCCGCUGGCUGUGAGCUGGUGGUUGGUGGUGAACCCCAGUGCUGGGCUGAGGGGCACUGUCUUCUGGUAGAUGACUCCUUCCUGCACACUGUGGCGCAUAACGGGUCUCCUGAAGAUGGGCCUCGAGUGCUCUUCAUUGUGGACCUCUGGCACCCCAGUGUAGCUGGGGCUGAGCGCCAGGCUCUUGACUUUGUCUUCGCACCAGACCUUUGAAGGGGGGCUUCCUUCAGACACCUGGGCUGGAGAAAUGCUGUACUCAGGGAUGACCUGAGG